ACGGGUCCAGCGCCCGACGAGGCCCAGCCAGCCCCGGCCUGGCCCGGCUGUACAGCCAUCAUACCCCUGGAUCCGGAGCCCUAGGACUCGCCGUCCUAAUCUCCGCUGCGCAGCCCGGGAUGGGGCUCCGCUCCGGGGUGCGCCGCGGCCCGUUCCCGGGGGCCGUCCCAGCCGGGAGGGCCUGAAGCGCGGCCGCCCGGAGAAGAGGGGCGUGUGGACGGCCAGGCGCGAGGGCUGAACCGCUGGGAGACCUUGGCGGGGCCAAUCUGGCUCGGCCUAAACGACGCGCAGAUGUUCUCAAGUCAGCAAACAUUUACUGAGUACCUUCUAUGUACAAGAUGAACAUCUGCAACAAGCCCUCCAACAAGACAGCCCCUGAGAAGAGCGUGUGGACAGCGCCCGCACAGGCCAGCGGACCCUCCCCGGAGCUGCAGGGCCAGCGGUCACGCCGGAAUGGGUGGAGCUGGCCCCCUCACCCGCUCCAGAUUGUGGCCUGGCUGCUGUACCUCUUCUUCGCUGUGAUCGGCUUUGGGGUCCUUGUCCCCCUCCUGCCUCACCACUGGGUGCCUGCUGGCUAUGCUUGUAUGGGCGUCAUCUUUGCCGGCCACCUCGUGGUGCACCUGACUGCUGUGUCCAUCGAUCCAGCAGAUGCCAACGUGCGGGACAAGAGCUAUGCAGGGCCCUUGCCCAUCUUCAACCGCAGCCAACAUGCACAUGUUAUUGAAGACCUGCACUGCAAUUUGUGCGACGUGGAUGUGAGCGCUCGCUCCAAGCACUGCAGUGCCUGCAACAAGUGCGUGUGCGGCUUUGACCACCACUGCAAGUGGCUCAACAACUGUGUGGGCGAAAGGAACUACCGGCUCUUUCUACACAGUGUGGCAUCUGCUUUACUGGGUGUCCUACUCCUCGUGCUGGUGGCCACUUAUGUCUUCGUGGAGUUCUUUGUCAAUCCCAUGAGGCUACGUACCAACCACCACUUUGAAGUCCUGAAGAAUCACACGGAUGUGUGGUUCGUGUUCCUGCCUGCCGCCCCUGUGGAGACCCAGGCUCCUGCUAUCCUGGCCCUGGCUGCCCUGCUCAUCCUCCUGGGCCUGCUCUCCACAGCCCUGCUCGGCCACCUGCUCUGCUUCCACAUUUAUCUCAUGUGGCACAAGCUCACCACCUAUGAGUACAUCGUGCAGCAUCGUCCACCAGAGGAGGCAAGGGGGGCCCACAGGCAGCUCGAGUCAUGUCCCCCCAAGAUGCGGCCCAUUCAGGGGAUGGACUUCUACAUGCGGACCUUCAGCCAUGUGCGUCCAGAGCCCCCUGGCCAGGCCAGGCCUAUGGCAGUGAAUGCCAACCCCUCUCCAUUCCUUGCCACCAGCGGCCAAGUGGAGCCUCCACCACCCUCUUCCCCAGAGACAGAGAUUCUCGCUCUGCCCCCUGGGAUCCGACCCCAGAAAAAGAGGAAGCCGGGGCCCCGAGCCCCCGGCCACCGCUCCAGCUCUUCGUCGGAUUCUGCGGGCGCUAGCCCGGUACACGCCGCUGGCCCUGCAGGCACCUACCACUCGGCGUCAGCCGAGUCCAUGGACGAGAUUCCCGUGGCUCAGACGCGCCUGGGCAGCGCCGCCCUGGCCGUUCCUGGAAGCAGGGGCGGGGAGCCGGGGCUGGCGCUGCAGGCGCGUGUGCCUGCUGUUUUCGUGAGCCCGAGCAGCGGCGAGCCCGGGGCGCGGGGCAGCCCGGAGGCCGGCCUGGCUUAGCGGCGCCGAGAGGCAGGAGCGCCGAGGAGGAGCGGCCGGCCCGGCCGACCCAACUCUCUAUGCAACACCCCCACCCUCGCAGACCGAGUGCACUUUAGGAGCCCCUACUGCCGGCGGGAUCGGCCCCCUUCCCCCACGACUCAGCAAU